UAUAUAUAUAUAUAUAUAUAUAUAUGAGAUUUAUAUAGAGUGGAAAGAGGAAUGAAGCAGUGGGAGGAGUCCCAGCCCACACGAGUGGCUUCUUUUUGAGCUUGUUCAUGAAUCCUGAGCACUCAGUCUCAAAGUAAGGGAACCAGACUCUGUGAAGAAAGAAGUUGAAAAGGAGAAGUUUUGAGUGUGUUUAAUGGCUGAGAUUGGGUUCUUCUCUGCACCACCACCACCACCACCACCAUCACUAUUUCAAGCAGCAGAACAUGAGUGUUGUGUAGAUGAGAGGAAGAAGAAGAUGAAAGCUCUGAGCUUUAAUGGAGAGCAGGAGGUUGAGAAUGGACAGCAAAAGCUCUGUGCUAGAGGUCAUUGGAGACCUGCUGAAGAUGCUAAGCUUAGAGAACUUGUGUCUCAGUUUGGUCCCCAAAACUGGAACCUCAUUGCUGAAAAACUUGAAGGCAGAUCAGGGAAAAGCUGCAGAUUGAGAUGGUUCAACCAGUUGGAUCCAAGGAUAAACAGGAAAGCAUUCAGUGAAGAAGAAGAGGAGAGAUUGUUAGCUGCUCAUAGACUUUAUGGAAACAAAUGGGCACUGAUUGCAAGACUAUUUCCAGGAAGAACAGAUAAUGCUGUGAAGAAUCACUGGCAUGUUAUCAUGGCAAGGAAACAGAGAGAACAAUCCAGUGCUCACAAGAGAAGAAGGUCCUCCAUUGCCACCAAUGUUUCCAGUGCUGAAAGCACCAUCACUUCUACUGACACUGAUCUCUCUCUCAACUCCAUUUCCUUUCCCAUUCCUCCUUUUCAUCCUCCACAAACAUCUGAUUUCCUUCUUGUUUCUGAGAUAGCAAACAAGGCUGUUGCUGAUAAUUCUGAAUCUGAUUCUUGUGAGAAGAUUAGGAUGCAAUUCAUAGACUUUCUUGGUGUUGGAGCAACAUAAGCAGCUUUUCUGUUGUAGUUGUAGUUGUUGAUCAUUGAAUGCAGCAAUGACAAUACAAUGUUCUUGUUUGGUCCUUUGUAAGUGAAAGCUUAUGUUGUUAUUAGGAAAUCAAAGCUGCUUCUUUGUGUCUUUUUUUUUUCUUUUUUUUCUGAACUAUAUAUAUAUGAUAUAUAUUAAUUAUUGACUGAGAAGCUAAUGUAGGAAGUAGGAUGGUGAUGGUGGUUUUGAAGGUGGAGGUUUCUUAUUUGUGAAACAAAAACAAAAGUGUUUGUUUCUUGAUGAGAGACAUGUAAUGUUGAGAUGGGAAUGAAAAGAUAGCAGAGGAAUUCAAUUUC